UCAGACUAUGGAUUUAAGUAACCUCGAUAAGUUUACAGACUCUGUGCUUACUGUUGACUCUCCUGUUCCAAUCUGUACGCAAUCAGAGGAAUGCUGUGUGGGAAUUGAUGAAGCUGGACGUGGCCCUGUCCUAGGUCCUAUGGUUUAUGGUAUAGCAUACUGCCCUGUGUCAAGAAUUCCUGAUAUCGAAGCUCUUGGAGUAGGGGAUUCCAAGCAAUUGAAAGAGUCUGAUCGAGAUGAAAUUCUUGGGAAGAUGCAUGAAAAUUCAGAUUUUGUUGGAUAUUGUGUUACAGUCUUGUCAGCAAAUUACCUGUCAACAUCCAUGCUUGGACGGGAGAAUUACAACUUAAAUGCAAUAUCACAUGAUACAGCCAUAUCCCUUCUGAGGAAUAUAAUUGCUAAAGGAGUCAAGGUUAAAGAUGUUUAUGUGGACACAGUGGGGCCAGCAGAAAAGUACCAAGCCAAGUUGUCAGCUCUCUUUCCUACAUUGAAUAUCACAGUUGCAUCAAAGGCUGACGACAAAUAUCCCAUUUGUGGAGCUAGCAGUAUUUUUGCUAAGGUUUGCAGAGAUCGGUGUAUGAAAGAGUGGCAGUUUCCAGAGAAGGGUUAUGACAUUUCUGAUUCUGGAUGUGGCUAUCCGUCAGACCCAAAAACAAAGAAGUGGUUAAUGGAUAAUGUCGAUGAAGUUUUUGGAUUUCCUCAAUUUGUCCGAUUCAGUUGGUCUACUGCAGAAAAGAUAAUCGAAAAGCGCAGUGUACCUGUUUCUUGGGAUAACGAAGAGGAAGAGGAAGAAAAUAUCCCUAAAUUAAAUUCGUUCUUCAAGAGAGUCAAGAAACAAACCGAAAUUCCUCGACAUCGGUUUUAUCAUGAACAAGGGUUGACUUCUUCAACAGAAAUUUAAAUUAUGAUGUUGUUACUAUUAUUAAUUAUUGACUAUUGAGUACAAUUAUUUUAAUUUUUAUCAUUUUAAAAGUAAUAUGCUGUGUUAGAGUUUUGUCGCAAUAUGCUACAGCAACG